AUCGCAUUCGCGAAAUUUUUUCGCGACCAGUUUUGACGCCCCAAAGCUUGGGGUAGCCAUCGGAGCAUGGAGCGCGCAGCUCUCCGGGCGAUUCGGUUGCCCCGCAGUUUUGCCGGGAAGAGCGCGGCGUUUCGACCCGCUUUUGCCUUCCGCGGUUUUGCCGCGGACACGCAUCUCCUUUGGAGAGGCGUCCAAUCCACUAGCUUCAGCGAGCUUCUGGAGUUCAAAGAUGGCUCGGAGAGCACCUUCCCGGUGUUCCAAGUUUUGAAUUCACAGGGGAAGUUGCAGGAUGGGGUGGAGCUCCCAUUUUCGCUGGACGAGGGGGUCCACAUGAUGGAGCUCAUGGUGAAGAGUAAGGUCUAUGACGAUGUGCUGCUCACCAUGCAGCGCCAGGGGCGCAUCAGCUUUUACUGCACCAACUACGGGGAGGAGGCCACCAGCGUGGGCACGGCUGCUGCCCUGCAGCCGCAGGACAUGAUCUGGCCACAGUACCGCGAGCUGGGGGCCUUCCUGUGGCGCGGGCUCACCGCCCAGGAGAUCGCGGACCAGAACAUCGGCAACGAAGGGGACCGCAGCAAAGGCAGGAACCUCCAGGUCCACUACUGCAUGUUAGAGAAGAACAUGCAGACGGUGCACGCCGUGCUGGGCACUCAAAUCCCCCAAGCUCCUGGGGCAGGAUAUGCCUAUAAGCUGGACAAGGAGGACCGCGUCUCGGUGACCUACUUCGGGGACGGCGCUGCUUCGGAGGGCGACGCAUUCACGGGCUUGAACUUCGCCUCAGUCUACGGGAGUCAGACGCUCUUCAUUUGCCGGAACAAUGGGUACUCCAUCUCCACCGGCGUGGAUGACCAGUACGGGGGCGACGGCAUCGCGGCCCGGGGGCCGGCCUUGGGCAUCCCCAGCGUGCGGGUGGAUGGGAACGACCUGGUGGCCGUGUUCUUGGCCACCCGCGAGGCCAGAAGAAGAUCAGUUGCAGAGCAGAAGCCAACUCUGCUCGAGCUCAUGACUUACCGAGUGGGUGACCACACCACCUCAGAUGACUCAUCCGCAUAUCGCAAGGAGAACAAGGAAGAGGUGGCGAAACUGCAAGCGCUCGGGCCGAUUCCGCGGUGGCGCGCCUUCUUGAUGUCAAAGGGCGUGUGGACCGAGGAGAAAGAGAAAGCCAUUGCGACAGCUGCACGUGAAGAGAUGCUUCAAGCCAUGAAGACUGGCGAAACCAAGAAGAGGCCGCCUUUGCGGGACCUCUUCACUGACACUUACACUGACCUACCCUGGCACUUGGAGGAACAAGCGGCAUAUGCGGAGAAGCAUGUCCGAGAGUACAGCCAGGAUUACAAGAUGAGCGCCUACCGGGGCCUCGACGGACCGGCCCCCGUGCCGGAUGCGCGGCGCAUCGCCUCUGCGCCCCGGCAAAUGCCACCAGCGCCCACUGGCAAGACACGAGAGAUGACCAUGGUCCAGUCCAUCAACGAAGCCUUGUCCAUCGCCCUGUCCAGCAAUGAAAGGACGGUGCUCUUCGGAGAGGACGUAGCCUUUGGAGGGGUCUUUCGAUGCUCCAUGGGCUUGCGGGAGAAGCACGGAGAGGGUCGAGUGCUGAAUGCUCCGGUGGCCGAGCAAGCCAUCGCUGCCUUUGCCAUCGGUUUGUCCGUCGCGGGGUACAAGGCGAUUGCGGAGAUUCAGUUUGCUGAUUACAUCUUUCCUGCAUUUGACCAGAUUGUCAAUGAGAUUGCCAAGUAUCGAUAUCGCAACGCUGGCGGCGGCGCCGGGAACAUCACGAUCCGGGCACCCUGCUCUGCCGUCGGCCAUGGCAGCAUGUAUCACAGCCAGAGUGUGGAGAGUUACUUUGCGCACUGCCCUGGCCUGAAGAUCGUGAUCCCGAGGGGGCCCAAGCAGGCCAAGGGCUUGCUCUUGGCAGCCAUCCGUGACCCUGACCCGGUGCUUUUCUUUGAGCCGAAGGUUCUGUACCGCGCCAAGAUCGAAGGUCCAGAUGCCCAGGUCCCCGAGGGGGACUACGAGCUCCCCAUCGGCCAGGCGGAGGUGGUCCGCCCGGGGACGGACGUGACCUUGGUGGGGUGGGGCUCCCAGAUCCUCCGCCUGCAGGAAGCCGCAACGCGGGCGGAGGCUGAGGGCAUCUCUUGUGAGAUCAUCGACUUGCAGACCAUCGUCCCUUGGGAUGUGGACACCGUGCAGGCGUCCGUGGAGAAAACGGGGCGCCUGAUCGUGGCACAUGAGGCGCCUCAAACCAACGGCUUCGGAGCAGAGAUCUCCUCCAAGAUCCAGGAGCGCUGCUUCCUUCACCUCGCCAGCCCCAUCCAGAGAGUAACUGGCUAUGACACGCACUUCCCAUACGCGUGGGAGGAGUUCUAUGUUCCUUCCGCCGCCCGAGUUCUGGCUGCUAUCAAGGCCAGUGUCUCCUACUGACCUGCAUGCCAUAUUGUAUUUCACUCAGCUCAAAUCAAAAGAUUGAGAGCUAGCCAGACCUAGGUUUGGCAUUGGCCGUCCAGGCCCAAAUCUCCAUGGUAUUUUCCGUAGCAAGCGCGGUGAAGUUUUCGAUCCCGAGUCAGAAAGG